UUUCUCUACUGUCACCGUUUGCUGCUGUUCUCAUCCCGAAUACAUUUGACGGCGAGCAGAAAGGGUGACGGCAUUCGAAAAGCUCUACUUUUGCCUCUCUUUUUGGUCUCCAGGAAUUCUCUCCUUCUUGGAGGCCCCCUUCCUCCCCAAGAGCUUGUUCUUUGCUUUGAUUCGCCUUUUUCUUUUGGAAAAAAAAGUAUUCCGCAAAAAAAUUUAUUCUUUGCGUUGCAUUUGGGCUCUGUCUCUCUCGAUAGUUUUCCUUUCUUUCUUUUUUUUUUCCCCGCUUGCUGUUACAGUGAUAGAUAAGGGCUGUUGCUAUCAAUUUUACCGUGCAAAAAGAUAGAAAAAGAAAAAAAAAAUUAGAGUUUUGGAGCUGGGAUUGGGUUGCAAGGUGUUUUUGUCCGCAUUUGUCUUCCUCGAGAAAUCGCUCUAUAUUGAUUUCUGGCUCUUUCCGACUUUAGUCUCUAGCUCCAUUAUUUGCAAAUCUUUAUCUAAAAAAGAGAAAGAAGAUUUUUUGAGGAGGAAAUCACUCGCUUCAAAGCGAUCAGAUUUCUAUAGGGAUUCUUGCGGUGUUUUCCCGUUGUCCACCAGCUUCAAAAGGCGGUUUCUUUCUUUACCAGAAAUAUAUAAAAGAAAGCAGAGUUUAUUCUUGGGCGGUCCUUAGUCUUUUCCUAAUCCGUGUUGGCCUCCACGCUUCCUGUCGUCAUCUUUGGUGUGAAUCCGUCAGGGAGACAGAAAAGAAUCCUUUUUCCUUCUAUCCAGUCGAUUCAAAUUUCCUCCAAUUCCAGCAACCCAGUUGAAUUCAAAAAUAACAUUGAUCAAUCAAUCAAAAAAAUUCGCCCCCCAUUUUCUAUCUACUUUUAGAUCAUAUCAUAUACUCAAAAUCUUAUCUUUCUGCUACUCGUUCACCGGAAUCUUCUUCCUGUCUUUCUCUUCUGUAAUUUCUUUGAUUUGUUUCCUAUCCUGUUGCCUGGAGGUGGUGUGCUACGGUUGGGAAGGAAGGAGUUUUUCCGGUUGAAUUAGCCGGAAAACCAUGGCGGGUUGGCGAUUGGUAGUAUGUCUUCUCUUCAUUGGCUUCUACUGUUCCAUGGUGGAAGGCCUUGGGGUGAACUGGGGCACGAUGGCGACGCACCCGCUGCCGCCAAAGAUCGUGGUUCAGCUCCUCAAAGACAACGGGAUAAAGAAGGUUAAGCUGUUCGAUGCUGAUGCCGCCACGAUGAGCGCGCUGGCUGGGAGCGGGAUAGAGGUGAUGGUCGCCAUCCCCAACAAUCAACUCGGUGCAAUGAAUGAUUAUGACACGGCGAAGAAGUGGGUCGACAGGAAUGUCUCUCGGUACCAUUUCGAUGGAGGAGUAACCAUUAAAUACGUAGCAGUCGGAAAUGAACCCUUCCUGUCAUCUUACAAUGGUUCGUUUUUGAAUGUGACUUUUCCUGCACUGCAGAACAUCCAGAAUGCCCUCAACGAGGCAGGGUUUGGUGACACCAUAAAGGCCACUGUUCCUCUCAAUGCUGAUGUUUAUAAUUCCCCUACAAACAACCCAGUCCCAUCAGCAGGAAGAUUCCGAACAGAUAUCAAUGAUCUUAUGACUCAGAUUGUCCAGUUCUUCAACCUGAGUGGUGCUCCCUUCACUGUUAACAUAUAUCCUUUCCUAAGUCUGUAUGGCAAUGACAACUUCCCAUUGGACUUUGCUUUCUUUGAUGGAACGAGCCAACCUGUUGUCGAUAAUGGGAUUCAAUACACCAAUGUGUUUGAUGCCAACUUCGAUACUUUGCUCUCAGCUCUAAAGGCCGUUGGAUUAGGUAAUCUGCCGAUCAUUGUUGGAGAGGUUGGAUGGCCAACCGACGGUGACAAAAAUGCAAAAGCCUCCUAUGCACAGAGGUUUUACAAUGGUCUUCUAAAGCGUCUUGCAGCAAAUGUUGGGACACCUCUCCGCCCAAACCAGUACUUGGAAGUAUAUUUGUUUAGUUUAAUUGAUGAAGAUGCCAAAAGUAUAGCUCCGGGAAACUUCGAACGGCACUGGGGGAUCUUGAAGUAUGAUGGGCAGCCCCAGUUCCCUAUGGAUCUAUCUGGUCAGGGACAGAAUAAGAUGCUCGUGGCGGCAAAGAACGUGGAGUAUUUACCUCAGACGUGGUGUGUCUUCAAUCCAAAUGCCAAAGACCUAAGCAAGCUAGGAGACAACAUUAACUAUGCUUGCACUUUCUCUGAUUGCACUUCACUUGGCUAUGGAUCUACAUGCAAUCAGUUGGAUGCCAAUGGCAAUGCCUCCUAUGCCUUCAACAUGUACUUCCAAGAUCAGAACCAAAAGGACAUGAGCUGUUUCUUCCAAGGUCUUGCCAUGCAGACAACACAGAACCCCUCUACAACAGAAUGCAAUUUCACUAUACAGAUUAAAACAUCUGCUUCAGCUUUCUCUGUUCCACCAUUGCUCUUGGUAUUUGUGUCGUCGCUCCUUGCAUUUUUUGCGCUUUAACUGAAGUUGGUUGUGGAAAUUUUGAACACAUUGCUCUUAAAUUGGUUUAUUUUUGCUAGCCAGUAUAUGUGAGAUACAGAGGUAGUGCUGCUCCUCCGGUUCACGGAAUAAAGCCCAAAGCGAUUGAAUCCCUUAUUUAUCAUUUUGUUUUCGAACUCUGGAGAUGCCUAUGUUCUCAUUUCCUGUUGCUGGCCUAUCAUUGUAUAUUGAACAUUAACUCAUGUACCCGAAAGAAGAAAACAUUAACUCAGCAUGGUUGUUUUGUCA